CUUCGAUCGAGUGCCGAUCAUGCUCCCUCGGUGCAGGGGCCGCGGCUGGCGGCUAAAUUCUUGCUUGCUACUGCUCCUCCUACUCCUCCAUACGGCUGAUUGUAAAGCUGACCUCCCCGUUGCCUUAAAACCUCCACGUUUUACAAACAAACGGGGGGGGAGGGGGUUGCUUUUGGAAAUCAUUCUGUGGUUCUAACCCCGGGGUAUUUGAGCGGAUCUUCCAAAAAGGUUGGAGAAGGAGGAAGCCCAGAUAUUGAAGGCCCCCGUCCCCCCACCACUUACCUUUCUUCCUCUUUGCUGCUUUCACCUACCUCGUACUGCCCCUGAUAAGAAGCAAAGUUUGAAAUCAACCUGCAGCCGGCCCCGCUUGGGAACUUUUCAGUUCAACUGGUCCAUGGCUGAAUGCGUUCAAGGUGCCUUUGAUGUUUGUGUGCGAGCGCGCGCGCGUGCGUGCGUAUACAUACACACACACAUAUAGGAGAGAAAGAGAGACGCUUCUGGGAAACGGACUGUUGCUUUUUAUCACCCACCUUCUUCCUCUCACCAGCCCACACACGCGAUUUGCCAAAGAGAGAGAAAAGUGAUGAAAUUAGCAAGAAGUGGUAAAUUGGUUAAGCCCGGUUUCCUCCUCAAGAGAGCGACUGCAAAGAGGAGCUCGGGAGGGGGAAGAGGCAGAGCGAGAACCGAGCGCAGGCAGCCCAGCCCCUGUCGAGCACAGCACAGGAGCUUGCAAAGGAGGGGUGGGAAGUGAGCAUUGCUGCUGGUAGCGGCUCAGCUAGCUGCCGUUUGUAACGGUGAAGAAUUGAUCCCGGCGCUAGGGGGGGUGCUGGGUGUUAGGUAGGGUGUUCCUGCGGCUCAUCGGCGACGUGCAAAGCGCUGUCUGAUUGCAUUUGACUUGCAAUGCCGGGUUCUCUUUGGAAUGCAAAACCGUGCACAGGAUGAAAUCAGGUCACUCUUCUAGAAUGCCAGAGGAAAGUUCCCCACGGAAGACUCCCCAGAAUGUCCCAUAUCAGGACCUUCCUCAUUUGGUCAAUGCUGAUGGGCAGUACCUUUUCUGCAGAUACUGGAAACCAGCCGCUCCACCCAGGGGCCUGGUGUUUGUUGCUCACGGUGCUGGAGAACACUGUUGCCGCUAUGAUGACUUGGCCCAGAUGUUGAUGGGAAUCAACUUUUUUGUAUUUGCUCAUGACCACGUUGGCCACGGGCAGAGUGAAGGAGACCGUAUGGUCGUGUCAGACUUCCAUGUGUUUGUCAGAGACAGCUUGCAGCACAUUGACCUCAUGAAGAAAGAUCACCCAGGCCUCCCCGUGUUCCUUCUAGGGCACUCCAUGGGAGGAGCCAUCGCCAUCCUCACCGCGUGCGAAAGGCCAAAUGACUUUUCAGGCAUGGUAUUAAUUUCUCCUUUAGUAGUUGCAAACCCAGACGUAGCAACACCAAUCAAGGUUUUUGCAGCUAAAGUACUUAACUUAGUCCUGCCAAACCUGUCCCUGGGAUCUAUCGACCCAAACGUUGUCUCCCGGAAUAAGAAAGAGGUUGACAAUUACUCCACCGACCCACUUAUCUACCAUGGCGGCAUGAAAGUCUCCUUUGUCAUCCAGCUGCUGAACGCCAUUGCCAAAAUAGAGCGCUCUCUCUCCAAACUGUCUCUUCCCAUGCUGGUGCUCCAUGGCUCACCUGACAAACUCUGUGAUAUCAAAGGCUCUUAUUUGCUGAUGGAUACUGCACCAAGUCAGGAUAAAACACUCAAGGUUUAUGACGAGGCUUAUCAUGCCCUCCACAAAGAGCUUCCUGAGGUGACUACUUCUGUUUUUAAGGAAAUACAGUCAUGGAUUGGUCAGAAACUCUCAGCAGCUGAAGGAGACCAUCGCUCUUAAGAAAAGCCACCUUGAGACCUUCUUAAAUGGCUGUUGGGAUAUUUGGGGAAGAUCUUUCUCUCUUUUUUUUACAACCUCUCUUUUGGGGCAAAAAUGUUUCUCUUAAAGGGACUCCUGAAUUACAUUAUUUUUAAGCAGACGUUCCUGUGGCAUUGUGGGGAGGGGGAUUGCCAUGCAGCCAUUUAAAGAAGCUUUCUUCCCAGCAGACGGAGGUAGGGGGAAGGUUAUCAGUAUAGACUUCCCAGCUGGGAGGGCUGCAUUAAGGGCCUUCUUUGAAUCUCUCUCAAAAUCCACAACACUCUCUACCCCUGUUCUUUGUUGUCCAAGGAGUUCCUGAGGUGCUGAGGUAACUUUUUUAAUAUACUGCAAUAAUCUUUGGAAUGUUUAAAAAUUUGGCAUCUUCCAUAUCAUUCAGUUUCUACUCUUGCCAGAUUACAAUUCCUCCCUUCUCUAGGUUAGACCCAAAGGGAAGUCAUGAUCACUUGGAGAUGGGGUUAGGAAGGAAGUUGGGCUGUCGAUGGAGACUUUCCCUGUGUGAAUUCCGAACGUGACAACUUUUAGGUUUCGGGUUAGGUCAGGCCAUAAGGUCUCUCAACACCACAACCUCAGAGGUCAAGAACAAGGAAGGGCCCAUUAGGCAGCAGCAGCACAAACAGCUUCCCCCUAUACAUGCAGUGCCAUUCAGUCAGGAGCCCCAGAAGUGGCACCACUGAGGAGCAGGACUAACAUAGAAUAGCACACUAAAAAGAUGCUGCUGCUUCCAGAACCCAGAACCCUUCUUCUGUGCAAAAACUGUAAUCUGUAAAUACUUGUAGGGGCUGCUUUCCUUGCUACUUGUGUUACUGAUAACUUAAGAUGUAAAGUCAAAAUUAUAUUUAAAAGAGAAAUAUUAAAUAUAAUAUAUAAUGUUUCUAUAGGUUGCUCAGAGGUAUUUGGAGGAGGAGGAGGAAAGACGUGGCGUAUAGAAUGAAUGCAGGAGAUGUCGCUCCUGCGCCUGAUGUCCCUGUAGGAGAUUUCCAGGCAGCACAAAUGUUAACUCCACUAAUGUUGUAAACGGAACGCAGUUGCCACUUGAAAACCAGGGAAUAGCCAGGCAUUGCUUUUCCACAUGCCUAUUCCUGCUUGUGAUUAGGAUAGGCAGAACAGAAGCAGCUCAUCUUGUGGGGGGUAGCCUUUGUUUCCCUGUUCCUUUAUUCUGUCCAUGGGAGCAAAAGAAAGAAGCCAGAGUAGUGGCAGAGGAGGAGACAAGGGUCUGGGGGAGGGAGUGGAAAGAGUUACUGGAUAUUCAGAGUCCAUUGUAUGUGUGGCCUUGGGAGCUUGGCCAGAGGAGCAUAAGGGUUAGAGGUUUUGCAAUACUUCAUUUGCGAGAAAAAAUGGGUGGUGUUGAAAACUAGGGCAGGAAGAGCCACCUGUUGGGUGAGGGUGUUUGUUACAGAUGAGGAACAGUCGGAUCAGUGUGCAGGGAUGGGGAUUUGGGGCUGCUCAUGGUAGGCUGAUCUGAGGAACGGGCUUGGGAGCAAGGCAGUUGUGUGGGAUCUCUUAACCUCUACAAUUUUGGGGUAACAGCCUUCACUGCGACUAGCUGCUUGACCUGCCCAGGUCAGCUGCACCAGGAAAACAUGAAGGAGCUGUCUGUGGCUACUCAAAUACUUGCCAUGCAGCUAUCAAACAGUGCUUCCAGGCAGCCAAAAUGUGCCAUGUCUGUUGAAUGGCUAUCUAAAAGUGCCCCCCUUGCUUUGCAGCAAAAUGCUUUUAUUUGUUACUGAUUUCCCCUCUGGAAUAACCCAGUUAGUGCUGUUGAGCCAGUCUCCUGUGUAACUUACUUGGAAGGGAAAUCAGUUUCCACCGUUUUCAUUGGGAGUAAUCCUGUUAGGAGAGCUUCUCAGUCCUGCUUUUUCGAUGCAUUUCUUGCAUGAGUCUUCCCACUGUGAUUGAGGACUGCUUCAAAAAUUUCCACAUUUCCUACAGAGAAAUUCCUCUGCUCCAUUUCCAGAGUGACGUUAGACAUGUAUGCAGUCAUCAUGUGUGAAGUCCUCAUGUUCUUCUUAACUGUACAAGCUUUUUGGGUAGAAAGUGUGGGAUUUUUGAAGUGGUCUUUAUUAGCCAAGCAGCCAGUAUGUAUUAAGGGUGAAGUGCAAAGAGAAACAUGGUUGAGUGGAUUUCAGAAUACAGUCGCCUUGCAAAGUUAGUAAUUGACAAAAAUAAAUUCUGGCCUACUUUCCCAGCUAAAACUAUAUUUCCAUAUCUAAUAAAGCAGAUUAAUUGCCUUCCCAAUUACCCAAGUUUCCCUACCCUGUAGUCUGGAUAAUUCUUACCCCAGGAAACCAGGUGGGUUGCUGUUUACAAGCCUGGAGUACAGAUAAAAUCUGAUUAAUUCACCCUAAUGCCAGAGCUCAACAGGUGUCAGAGACCCUAGCAAGGCUGGUAAGACAUCAGCUUUCUAACCUGUAUUCAGACAAGAGCUUCCUCUUCUUUCCUUCCUGCAUUCCUGAGGCAUCAGAAGGACCCUGCACUCUGCCCUGAUGAAGCGUGCAUGUAUUGCUAGGGCCCCUGCCCUAGAGGAGGAAGAGGAGUAUGCAUCAUGGAUAUGACUCAUACGAGAUGUCAAAUGGGAGCUAGAAUUCUCUCUGCCUCUCCUCAUCUUCCAACUGGACUAGUGAUCUGUAAUGCAAACCUGCCCAGAUUACACAACAGUUUCACUUCCCACCUCCAAAGCCAGUUCCUUUUGGAACCUGUGAAAGAGAGCUGUGUGUAAUAACCAACAGCCCCUGAAUCUCACUUUAAUUAGCUCUGAUCUGUUCUCUAAUAAGGGUGUGAGUGGCAGAAGCUUAACCUAUCACAAGACCUCAGAAACGGAAGCACUGUAGGAGCAACAGUUGCCUGGUCUGUAUAUCCUCUUGCAACUCUUAGACAAAGACAUUUCUUUACAGAAUUAAUUGUGGCCAUUGCAGACUGCUUAAAACUCCUUUUGACAAGGCCCAAAUUAGCUGGGUGCAGAUGCUAGAGGUCAUUUCACAGCACAAAGGAAUGGCCCCUAACAUAGAGGUCAGGCUGGCUUGCCCGAUGCAGCUAUAGUUAUGGCCUGUAGGCUGCUAAACUGGAGACUGGGCUAUGGGAGACAGGCCGUUCUGUAUGGAUGGUGGGAAGUGUUUCAGCUGGAGAAGUGCAGUGAAUCAGAUACAGCAUUGUUCUUCUAACAAGAUGAUGAUGAUGAUGAUUCUCACUUAAUAAUAGGAUUCUUUCCCUGCUCCAUGAGCUGGGGAAACGGGAUGGUCAUGAGCUGAGAUGUAUACCCUUGCAUUUGUAAGCCUUAAAAAUCAGGGGAACAGCAUGUAUAAGCAACUAAUGGCACAGAAAUAGAAAACCUAUCUAUGGAUAAGGCAAUCAAGGUGGAGAGUAUUCCAAAGAUAAGUAUGUUAGCUUAAUUCUUCACAUGCUCACGUCAACUGGGAGUUUAGCCGCAAUGUGAGAAAUCUAGGUCAGUGCUUUGGAGAAGAGCUGCUUUUAAGAAACGAACUCCUAUACACGAGAGCACUGCUCUGCUGGCUUGUAUUGUAUACAUGUCCAGAAGAGGCUCUAAGUUCAGUGCCUUUGAAUAGGUUUGUCCAGAGAAUGUCCACUGUAACUCCUGAGCUUUGAAGCAAUAUAUAAAGAAGGGUUAGAACAGGCUUCACCAACCUAGUCCUGCCACCAACCAUUCCAGACCAUUGGGGCUGAUGGGAGUAGUUGGAUUACAACAGCAUCCUGAGAGUCCCAAGGUGGGGGAAGAUGGCGUAGAGACAAUAUUCAACUCUCAGAGUCAGGCAGCUUUGAAAACCAGACGCUUAAUUACUGGGAAAGUGAUAGCUAUUGUUCAUUCAUUUCUGUGAAGACAUACAUCCUGGGGAGAUCCAAUCAAGAGGGUGAGUGAGGGAUGGUCUGUUCCUUUAAGAGCCCUGAUACAAGCUAAAGCUGCCCACCUUUGCAUCAGCCUAUUGGGCUUCUGUCUACCAUGGAGCUUUUAAAAGGAGUUUUUUGCCAAACAAGAGCUGGCCACUUAACACUGAGUACUGCUUUAAAAAAAAAGUAAUUUAAAUAUCAUUUGUUAGAUGUUGGAAGUUUUAAAAAAGACCUGCAUUAACAGUUUGUAAAUUGAAUUGUGCUGACUCAAUGCCAAUGACGGAUCUGAAACAAAAUCCUUUAUGCUGUAGUUAAAUCUGUCAAGUCUAAGCUUGCUCAUGUGGCAUGUUUGCCUUCUGCAGUGUUCUCGAGAAGGCCACUCUGAGCGAUCACAGCUGCCAGCCAAGGAUAGUUUUUGCAUUUGAAGCACCUGUUACUGGAAGGUGCCACAGCUUGGCAGGCUGCUUACUGCCAGAGCUGUGACCUGUCGCAUCAGCUCUGUGGUGGAGAGGGGAGAAAAAGAGAAAUUGUGCUGGGUUUUCUUGGGGGGGGGAUGAGUUUCAGGAGCCCAUCUUGCUAAUCAACAUUAAACCAGCUGAAGCACAUUGGGGUUGCCCUACCUCAGGCCUGCACAAUCUGUGACCCACCCAGCUGAUCACAACCUAACCUGUAGCUUGCAAACUGCUUGACAACUCCCCUGCUGUCAUAACCCCAGGCAUGCAGCAGAAGUGGGAGCCUUAUGGAGCCCCAAUCAUUAUGAGUGAGCUGUAUUUGGCUUGGUAGGUCACAAAUUGCACAGGCCUGCCCUACCUUAAAAUCCCAUGCUUACAUCAGGGGAAAAUUUGUCACAAGAAGCAUCCACAAAUUAUAUUGUUUGAUGCAUGCAGUUUCUGGAGGGCAAAGUUCUCCAGAACUUGUCUCAGCUUCCAGAGUACUGUGCUGGGACCAAAAGGGAGUUUCCCUUUUGAGAACAUAGUUCCUUUAUGACAGAGCAAUAGUUGUGUGUAAGUAAUGUAUAUAUCACCACCAUAUGCACCAGAUGUGGCAUGACAACUACCCAUAACAUGUCUGGCACAACAUUUUAUAAGCCUGCUCUUUUUUAUCGGUCACCUUACCACUUUGAUGACAUUAUCUUACCAAGAUAACUUAUUUUUCCAAGUGAUUUCUGUGCCACCUGUUUCAUUUGUGCUCCAUCUCACUCAAUAUUAAACACUUGCAUACAAACUUGAAACACCUGUAUUUAUAGCAAGGAGAAUGUGUACAACUUAGAUACUUUUGAGGAAAAAAAGAAACAUGUAUAUGGGACACUAAUAAUAAA